UGCUGACGUAAUCGCCCAACCGCAGCAAAGUCAAAACUGUGGAAUGUUUUUCCCAAACGCGCAUCAGGGCAAGAGUGCAAGAGUGAAGCGAAACCGUCCCGAAAAUUAAACCACCUGAAGUUUUACCUGUCGAAAUCGUUCAAAAAUCACCGUUUAGUUCGCGUUCACAGCCCCCUGUCAAAAGCCGUGGUGUGUCGUCAUCCAGCCAGCGAUGAACCUGUUUCGCAGUCAGACAGCAGACAGAAUGUCAAAAGUUGGUCAAGUCUGAAAAAGAAGAGAGUGAUGUCAAUUUGUGUCGAAUGGUCGCGCAAGGAAUCGUCGGUCACCGUUACGUUCGCUGGAAUCCGGACCGCCGUCGUCGUCGGUUGAGUGUCACUGGUUGUGGUGGGAAGUGUCCUCCCGGUGGAGGAGGUGGGGAAAAUGUCGAAACAUGAUCGUGCAAAAUCGGGUGGCCUGCUGGAUACGUUGUUCGGGGGUCGGCCGCACAAGAAGGGAGGUUCCCGCCACGGGUCGGGCCACUAUGGCACGGGUGGGGGAAGUUUGGGGGGCGGGGGUGUCGGUGGCCACGGUGGCUACGGCAGUGGAAGUUUGAACGGAGGAAGGCCACUUUCGGGCGCGGAAGCGGAAGCCGCCCACUUUGAGGAGCUGCAGGCGCAGAUGAACCGGAUGGCGGAGCCCGAGGUGAACCAAAAGUUCCAGGAGAUCCUCGAGGACAUGAACAUUCCCAAGGACAAGCGUGAGCCGCUGCUGCUGAAGACGCUGGAGGAGAAGAAGAAGAUGAUCCUGAUGCAUCUGAAAGGCAAAACCAACACCGAGCACCGCGCCAACUCGCGCUUCGAGAAGCCCGUCGACUACAUUGUGUACCUGCGCGACGGUGACUUUAUCAACCGCAUCCCGAAGGUGCUGCAAUGCGUGGAGAGUCUGCGCGUGGCCCUCACGAGCAACCCGAUCAGCUGGAUCAAGGAGUUUGGCGUCGAGGGCAUCGACGAGAUCGUGAACCUGCUGCGGCACUGCAAGUCCAACCCGCGCCGGUUCGAGAAGAUCGAGUACGAGUGCCUGCGAUGUCUGAAGGCGAUCAUGAACAACUCGUGGGGGUUGAACGUGAUUCUGACGCCGGACCAGCACGCGGCGGUUCUGCUGCUGGCGCAGAGCGUCGACGCCAACAAGCCGAACACGAUGUGCGAGGCGGUCAAGCUGUUGGCGGCGAUUUGUUUGGUGAAGGAACGGAAUGGGUACGAGAAGGUGCUGAAGGCGAUUACGAACGCGACGAUGAUGGCGCGGCCUGGGGGGCAUCGGUUUCGGCCGAUCGUCGAGGGGCUGUUUGUGGAGCACGACCGGAACCUGGAGCUGGCGAGUAAUACGAUGAUCUUUAUCAAUUGCUUGAUCAAUACGCCAACGGAUGUGAACUUUCGGUUGCACCUGCGGUGCGAGAUGAUGCGGGCCGGGUUGCAUGACCGGUUGGACCAGCUGGCGGAGAUUGUGGAGAAGAGUAGCAACGAGAAUCUGGAGAAGCAUUUUAAGAUUUUCAACGCGUUCCGGGAGGACGACUUUGAGGAGUUUAGCAAUCGGUUUGAUAAUGUUCGGUUAGAUCUGGACGAUAUGCACGAGUGCUUCGAGCUGUUGAAGAAUCUGGUGGUGGACACGAGCUGUGAACCGUACUUUUUGUCAAUUCUGCAGCACUUGCUGUUUAUCCGGGACGAUUACGUUUAUCGGCCUGCGUAUUUUAAGCUGAUUGAGGAGUGUGUUUCGCAGAUUGUCCUGCACAAGAGUGGGUGCGAUCCAAACUUUGAGAGCAGAGACUUCCACAUCGACACUUCGACUCUGUUGGAAGAUAUGGUGGAGAAGACCAAGCAGAUGGAGAGUAAGAAGAGCGAGGACUUUGAGAGGCGAAUGGAAGAGCUGCAAACGGCCAGGCAGGAGGCGGAGGCACGAGCAGCUGCUUUGGAAGACCGGCUGAAGGAAAUCGAAGCAACGGGAGUCGUUUCUCCAAAGGGCAAAAGUAAGCUACCUCAAAUCAAUAUCCCGCCUCCACCACAAAUGCCCGGAAUGGGACCUCCACCGCCGCCACCACCACCAGGCGGAGGUGGUCCUCCUCCUCCACCGCCCAUGCCAGGAAUGGGCGGUGCUCCAAGGCCACCACCUCCACCGAUGAUGCCCGGAAUGGGUCCACCACCGCCACCGAUGCCCGGAAUGGGACCGCCUCCUCCGCCGAUGAUGCCCGGGAUGGGUCCACCACCGCCUCCGGGAAUGCCCGGAUUCCGUCCGAUGGUCCCCAUGGUCGCUCCCCUCCCGCACGGUCUCAAACCCAAGAAGAAGUGGGACACGGACGGGCCAAUGAAGCGAGCCAACUGGAAAGCCAUCGUGCCUCAAAAGCUGUCGGAGAGUUCGUUCUGGGUGAAGGUGCAAGAAGACAAAUUGGCUGACGACGAAAUUCUGUCCGGACUCGCGCAAAAGUUUUCCUCCAAACCGGUCAAGCAGAUGGACAAGGACUCUGUCGAUCGACCUCCGUCUUCCAAGAAGAACGUCGAUCUUCGCGUACUGGACGGCAAAGCCGCUCAGAACUUGUCCAUUCUGCUGGGUGGUUCCCUCAAGCAUCUCUCCCACGAACAAAUCCGGACGUGCCUGCUGCGGUGUGAAACCACCAUUCUGGGACCGAGCGUGUUACAACAGCUCAUCCAAUACCUGCCUCCGCCGGAUCAGCUCAAGCGGUUACAAGAAAUUCGUGCUCGUGGUGAAACACUCGCUGGGCCGGAAGCAUUUGCGGCAACGAUUGGCGACAUCAAACGACUCGGAGCACGUCUGCAGAGUCUGAGCUUCAAGCUGAACAUGCCGGACAUGAUGCAGGACUGUAAGCCGGACAUUGUCGCCGGGACGGCCGCUUGCGAGGAGGUGAAAACGAGCAAAAAGUUUGCCAAGGUGCUGGAGUUGAUUUUACUGCUUGGGAAUUACAUGAACUCUGGCUCGAAGAAGGAAGCGGCGUUUGGAUUCGAGAUCAGCUUCCUGCCAAAGCUCAGCAGUACGAAGGACUACGAGAACAAGCAAACGCUGCUGCACUACAUCGCUGACGUGGUGGAGAAAAAGUUCCCCGAGGCGUUGACUUUCAACGAAGAUCUGUCUCACGUGGACAAGGCGUCGCGCGUCAGUUUGGACAACAUCCAAAAGACGAUGCGGCAGAUGAACAACUCGCUGAAGAACCUCGAGUCGGACUUGAACAACAACAAAAUCCCACAAAGCGACGACGACCACUUUAUGGAAGUGAUGGGUCAGUUCGCGGUCGAGUGUCGAACGCAGGUCGAAGUGCUUGGUCGGAUGCUCGCCCAGAUGGAGACGCUGUUCCAGAAAAUCUCCGACUACUACUGCUUCGAUCCGGCCAAGUACACGAUGGAGGAGUUCUUCACCGACAUCCGCACGUUCAAGGACGCGUUCGUGCAGGCCCACGCGGAAAACAUGAAAAUCCGCGACGAAGAGGACAAAAAGCGCCGCACUGUGGAAGCAAAGGAACGAGCCCAACGGGAGAUGCAGGAACGCCAACAGCGCAAACUGGCCCUCGUGGACAUCGAUGCCGUGCAGACGCAGGAGGGCGUGAUGGACAGUUUGCUCGAGGCGCUGCAAACGGGAUCGGCUUUUGGAAAUCGAGACCAGCGCCGACGGAGAGGGCCACGGCCGGCCGGUGCCGAACGGAGGGCGCAACUUAACCGAAGCCGGUCGCGGACGGGAAUCACGGCCAACGCCUUCUCCAGCCGGGAGAUGCUCUCGGAACUGCUCGGGCCGGCGUAACCACCGCAAGUGAGAUAUAACGCAACAAAGUUUUAAAUAUAUAGAUUAUUUUAGCCUUAUUGAUACACUCGUUAGUACUUGUUGUAAAGUUGCAUGCCGAAAUAAGAACGGGAAAACGAACUAGAGUUAGCUAUUUCAGAAAACAAAAAACAAAAGAGUGCAUCUAAUGCUUAAACUGUUGAAACAUUGCACAAAGCGAAGCGCAAAAUUCCGUAAUUUCAAGCAGUAUUUCUUUGCAAGCCAAAGUAAAAUAAACAAAACGACGACAGAACAAUAUCUAUUGAAAGCAAUCACUGGUUUCACCCACACAAAACAGCUUCUUGGAAGAACAACAAAAAAAAAUCGUUAAAUAUUUUCGGUGCCUGAAUCUAGCGAACCCAACUAACCGUGCUGUACUGGUAUCUUGUAAUGUAACAUUAUUGCGCUUGUUUUAGCAAGAAAAACGCAGAAACAAAAAAA